UCUCGGUCGUGAUUCUGUUGUACCGUCUGUUCACUGGCGCUAUUUUUGUUUUACGUCGGUGCGCGCAUUUUAGACAUUAUUUUUUUUUAUAUUUGUUGACUUUCUGAAGUGUGUUUUUGCUUGCUUUGUUACCCGCGUACUCAUUUAGGAUAUCGCUGUGCGUAAUUACGCGUUACUCGCGUCUGGAAACUCCUUUACGCACAGCAUCAGCGCUUUCGGCUGGACUUUAGAUCAUCAUCAUCAUCAUCUCUGGCUGCUGUGUCUGAGGAGGAGGAGGAUGAUGGGUUCAGUGUGACAGUCAGGGCUGUAAGAUGCAGAAGAGCGUGCGUUAUAAUGAAGGGCACGCGCUCUAUCUGUCCAUGGUCGCGCGUAGAGAGGGAAUCAAACGCGGGUUCUUGAGUAAAAAAGCCGCAGAAAACAACCGCUGGAACGAAAAGUACUUCGCGCUGUAUCAGAAUGUGCUGUUUUGCUUUGAGAACGAGCAGAGCACCAGACCAUCAGGGAUUUAUUUGCUGGAGGGAUGCACCUGCGAGAGGAUCCCGGCUCCCAAAGUGUCCACCGUCGGGAAAGAGAGUUCAGAUAAACAGCAGUAUUACUUCCUGGUGAUUUUCGGCCACGAUGGGCAGAAACCUCUGGAGCUGCGGACAGAAGAGGAUGCUGAUUGUAAUGAGUGGGUGGAGGCCAUUCAACAGGCCAGUUAUUCAGACCUCAUCAUCGAGCGGGAAGUUCUCAUGCAGAAAUACAUCCAUCUGGUGCAGAUCACGGAGACGGAAAAGGUGGCGGCAAAUCAGCUGCGGACGCAACUGGAAGACCAGGAUACAGAGAUCGAGAGACUGAAGGCAGAGAUUGUCGUUCUGAAUAAAACACAAGAGCGAAUGUUGCCCUAUCAGUCCAAUCAAGAGGAAGAAGAUCCAGAUAUCAAGAAAAUCAAGAAGGUGCAAAGCUUCAUGCGUGGUUGGCUGUGCAGAAGGAAGUGGAAGAUCAUCGUGCAGGACUACAUCUGCUCACCUCACGCCGAGAGCAUGAGAAAGAGAAACCAGAUCGUCUUUAACAUGGUGGAGGCCGAGACGGAGUACGUGCUCCAGCUCUCCAUCCUGGUCAACUGCUUCCUGCGGCCGCUCAGGAUGGCGGCCAGCUCCAAAAAACCCCCCAUUAGUCAUGACGAUGUCAGCAGCAUCUUCCUCAAUAGUGAGACGAUAAUGUUUCUCCAUGAGAUAUUCCAUCAAGGCUUGAAGGCUCGGAUAGCCAACUGGCCAACUUUAGUGUUAGCGGAUCUCUUCGACAUCUUGCUGCCGAUGCUGAACAUUUAUCAGGAGUUUGUGCGAAACCAUCAGUACAGUUUGCAGGUUCUGGCCAACUGUAAACAGAACCGGGACUUUGACAAGCUUCUGAAGCAGUAUGAAGCCAACGCCACCUGUGAGGACCGAAUGCUGGAAACCUUCCUCACCUACCCCAUGUUUCAGAUCCCGCGGUACAUCAUCACCCUUCAUGAGCUCCUCGCCCACACGCCUCAUGAACAUGUGGAGCGCAAGAGUCUGGAGUUUGCCAAAUCCAAACUUGAGGAACUGUCCAAAAUGAUGCACGAUGAAGUGAGUGACACAGAAAACAUCCGUAAGAAUCUGGCGAUCGAGCGAAUGAUCGUGGAGGGCUGUGAUAUUCUGCUGGACACCAGUCAGACUUUUGUACGGCAGGGCUCUCUGAUUCAGCUGCCCUCCGUGGAGAAGGGUAAACUGAGUAAGGUGCGUCUGGGCUCGCUGUCGCUCAGGAAAGAAGCCGAACGCCAGUGUUUCCUGUUCACCAAACACUUCCUCAUCUGCACGCGCACCUCCGGCGGCAAACUGCACCUGCUCAAACAGGGAGGCAGGUUGUCUCUGAUAGAGUGUGCGCUUAUCGAGGAGCUGGACGCCAAUGAUGAAGACUAUAAUGCUGCUGGUCAGGGAUUCAAUCGUCUGGAGUUUAAGAUAGUGGUUGAACCUGCUGAUGGUCCGUCGUUUGCAGUCGUUCUGCUCGCUCCGUCUCGGCAGGAGAAAGCAGCCUGGACCAGCGACAUGAGCCAGUGCAUUGACAACAUUCGCUGCAAUGGCUUGAUGACCAGCGUGUUUGAGGACAACUCCAAAGUCACCGUGCCUCACAUGAUCAAGUCUGACGCCCGACUGCAUAAAGACGAUGUGGACAUCUGCUUCAGUAAGACGCUGAACUCCUGCAAGGUGCCACAGAUCCGUUACGCCAGCGUGGAGAGACUCCUGGAACGGCUGACCGACCUGCGCUUCCUGUCCAUCGACUUCCUCAACACCUUCCUCCACACCUACCGCAUCUUCACCACCGCUGCUGUCGUCAUGGACAAACUCUCCGACGUCUACAAGAAACCCUUCACGUCUAUACCGGUCAGGGCUCAGUAUCAUUCGUCCGACCGUUUGUCCAUCACCUCCAUCUGUCCAGACUACAGCCUGAAGAUCACAAGGCUUGCACUGGACCAGUCCAAGUCCCUCGAGCGUUUCUUUGCCACAAACCAAGGCCCCUGGAGCGGAGAGCACCUGAACAACAAAUCCCCCCGUCUGUAUCGCAAGUGCUCCUCUCCUCCGCCCGUCUCCAUCCCCUCGUGCACCUCUUCCCCCAUCCACCCGCGGAAGCUGUCCCUCAGCUCUCCUGUGAGCUGUAAGGGUGGAGCUCUGGACCUGUCGACGGCCACUUCUUCUGCGGCCAGCAGCUCGACGUCUCCUUACACCCCCGGCAUCACCUCCCCUCCACCCACCUGCACCAGGGCCCCUCUGGACCUCAGCCGGGGCCCCAGCUCCCCCGAGCUCAGCCCCUCCACCCCAGAGGAGAGCGGGGAGCUGCCGCGUAUAGAUGCCUUCUGUGGGAAGCUGCGACGGAGUAUUCGACGAGCUGUACUGGAGUCAGUAUCAUUGGAUAAGUUAAUUCCUGAGACGACCACGUCCAGUGAUUCAGGAGACAUGUCUCCAUGCCGUUCACCGUCCACCCCGCGACACCUCCGCUACCGAGCGCCUGCAGGUCAGUCUCCCGAGAGCUCCCGCUGUGCCGUGUCCCACGCGUCCGCCUUCGCCAUCGCCACCGCCGCAGCUGGACACAGCAGCCCGCAAGGAUUUACCAACCCUGAGAAAUCCUACGACAAGGAGUUCCUCAUCCACAGGGCCGCCACCAACAGGGUGCUCAAUGUCCUGCGCCACUGGGUUUCCAAACACUCGCAGGACUUUGAGAUGAACGCAGAGCUGACGACGGCUGUGAUCGCUCUGCUGGAGGAGGUGCUGCGAGAUCCAGAUCUUCUGCCGCAGGAGAGGAAGGCCGCAGCUAACAUACUGAGGUGGAGAACAUGUUAUCUGUCAGUCCGACUGCAUUUGUGUGCUUCAGCUGCUGCACUUUCUCAAGAAGAACAAGAUGAUUCACAGCUGAAGAUUGAGGACAUUGUGCGCAUGUCCGACUGUCCAAGAGUCAAAUGCUUUGAGUCGCUGUCGGCGAUGGAACUAGCAGAACAAAUCACUCUACUGGACCAUAUUGUGUUCUGGAAUAUUCCAUACGAGGAGUUUCUUGGUCAAGGCUGGAUGAAAACGGACAAAAACGAAAGGACACCAUACAUUAUGAAGACCAGUCAGCACUUCAAUAAUAUGAGUAAUCUGGUAGCCUCUCAGAUCAUGGCUCAUGCAGACGUGAGCUCCAGAGCUGCAUCCAUUGAGAAGUGGCUAGCCGUGGCUGAUAUAUGCCGCUGUCUCAACAACUACAACGGCGUGUUAGAGAUCACAUCCGCACUGAACCGCAGCGCCAUCUACAGGCUAAAGAAAACGUGGGCCAAGGUUUGCAAACAGACCAAGGCACUUAUGGACAGAUUGCAGAAGAUAGUUUCAUCUGAAGGGAGGUUUAAGAACCUGAGGGAAACUCUGAAAAACAGCUGUAACCCUCCGUGUGUGCCCUAUCUGGGCAUGUACCUGACGGAUUUGGCGUUUAUCGAGGAGGGAACGCCCAACUUCACAGAGGAGGGUCUCGUCAACUUCUCUAAAAUGAGGAUGAUCUCACACAUAAUACGAGAGAUCCGACAGUUUCAGCAGGCGCCCUACAGGAUUGAUCUGCAACCCAAGGUAACACAGUUCCUCCUCGACAAGACUCUUGUAAUGGACGAGGACACACUUUAUGAAUUAUCUCUUAAGAUUGAGCCAAGACUCCCUCCUGCCAACUAAACCUGAUGAUAAUGUUUACAACCAGACUCAGAUAUCAAAAAACUUUUUAUAGUCAGUUUGUGGGAAUCUAAACUUACAUCUGAACUGAAGUCUGUCCACUAUAGAAACAACAACCUAUCCAUAUAUUAAUUUCAUUCCAUAUAAUUUUGUAUCAUCUUUUUUUUUUUUUUUUGCUGUAAACUCAGGUUUAAAUGUGCCUUUUUGUAAAUAU